AUGCCGCCUCGCGAAGGAGACGCUGCGCACCCCGAGGGGGGAAGCGAAGCGGAAGAGGUCAGCGUAACGUGCGAGGCCAGUGAAGCGGAGCAAGAGGAUAACGUGAAGGAAGUAAACAAAGAGGACGAAGCAAACGAAGCGGACGAAGCAAACGAAGCGGACGAAGCAAUCGGAGCGGACAAAGCGAUCGGAGCGGACGAAGUACACGACCGGGACAAAGCGAUCGAGGGGGACGAGUUAGACAUCCCUCAUGAAGUGAACGAAAAGAACGAAGCAAACAAAAUAGACGAGAUGACAGACCGUGACGAAUCAAACGAGGGGGACGAAGCGAACGAGGCGGAUGAAGUAGACGACCUUGAUGAAGCGAACGAAGCGGAUGAAGUAGACGACCGUUAUGAAGCAAACGGAGCGAACUCCCAAUCCCCAGACGAAGCAAACCUUAACCAUACGGACGACGCAAACUCCAACUCCGCGGAGGCGGCAACCGAAAUGGACGAAUCGUGCGCCGUGGCAAAGGCGCCCCCCACCAGCCGCCCCAGAAACGUAAAACUGUUUUGCAAGAUGAAGAAGAAAUACUUCUACCUUAAACAGACGGAUUACCUGUCAUACAAGUAUCAGAGGAGGAAGCGGAAAAAGAGGAGGCGUGGAGAGGGCGCGUUGAACGCCACAUGGAAUGGCAUAAAUCGUUUGGCGAAGUCUGGGUACAAAGCGUACGAUAAGGUGAAGGCCCACCUGAAAAGCAUUUUCCCAAACCUGAAUAUGAAGCACAGUCUGUACGUGCUUGUAACGUACCUCCUAAUAAACGUCGCGGUGUUCGUUUUUUCCCUGCUGCUUUAUUUUUUCAUAUAUUUUUAUUUGAUCCCCCAGAAUAAAUAUGUGUAUCCGGUGGAGUUUUCCCUCUCCAAAAGUCCCAUAGAGGAGUAUUUGCGUAGGAAGCGCUGUGAGCACCCGGGAGGGUGCGCCCCCGUGGAGGUGGACGGCAACGUGGACGGAGACCUAGACAGCACCGUGGACAGAGAGCCUCUUAACCAGGAAAACACCCUGGAUGAGCCGCACCAAACAUACCUGCACCAUUUAAAGAUGCUUCGAAGCGAAAUUUUAAGCACCAUAAAGAGGAAGGACACAUGCUGCUGCUCGGAAAGGUGGAAAAACACAACAAUGGGCACGCAUCGGUUUCGUAGCAAAGAAGAAAAUUAUCGGAAUAGGGAAAAAUUGCACCACUUUGAUAACGAAAUGGAGUAUGAAUAUUUGCAAAAUAAUAUAUUAACAGGUCAGGUGAAUUUUCAAAAAUGGUCAGGCAAAAAUAAGUCGCACAACGAUCAGAAUUUUUUCCAUUUUCUCAUUCCCUUUUUGAAGAAAGAAGAAAUUAGCAACCUGAAAAUAAGAGAAGGAUACAAAAUCGACAUUCUUUUGAAUUUCUCCUACAUGAAUAAUGACUACAACGACAAAUUUAAUUUUAUCCAAUUGCAGACGGAGAUACAUGACACGAAUGGGGAUGUCCUUGUUCGAAACGAAAAGCUACACAUAAACAAUAAGAGUUAUAACUUUAUAAAUAAACUGCAUUUAUUUCUUAACGCCCCUUUUUAUUUCUUCAACGUCUUUAAUCGGAGAAUAACGGAGAUCCGCCUAGUCAAUGGAUACCAAUAUGGUCCCCCCUUUGGGAAAAUCAACAUUUAUCUGUACCCGCCCAUGCAGAUUUAUGAGGCCCAUGUAGUGGUGCUUGUGUACGUCAAUUUUGUUUACUACUACAUGUAUAAUUAUCCCUUUCUGUUUUUUUACGUGUUUGUUUUUGUGUUGUGCGCCUUACUCAUUUUUGUCAACACGGUCCUCUUUCUCUUGGGCGCGCUGUGCUACUACAUGCUCAGCUGA